AUGGUGGGUACGAAGCUGUUAGUCCAAAUCUUGAAUGCUCUGUGCGUGGCCAAAGAAGAUUCAUCUGCUUUCGGAGGCAUAAACAUAAUAUUUGCUGGCAAUUUUGCGCAGCUUCCUCCUGUCAGAGAUAGUAAGUUGUUUGCUCAAGUGGAUCGUACUAGAGGUACAGAUAGUGCACUGACAAUGAUACAGGGUCGACUCUUGUGGUUGUCCGUAGAUACUGUCAUCAUUCUUCACCAGGUCAUGAGGCAAGAAGGUGAUAAAAAUGCAAGUUUUGUAGAAAUAGCGGAUAGGGUUCGACCUGAUUGGACAAGCAAAGAAUGGUUGGCUUCACCGCUGAUUGUAUCAGAAAAUGCAGUGAAGGAUGCAUUUAAUCGAAGAGCUACAGAGGCUUUUGCAGCUAGAACAGGAAGGAAGCUUCAUUAUUAUUAUGCAGAUGACAUGCAUUGA